AGGUUAUCAACAAGUGCUUUGCGGGACAAUGAUAGCUUGGAAAGUCUUUGCUCUGGUUAUGCUAGUUGCCGCAACUCAUGCCAUCCCUUUAAAAAAUGAUGGGAAAACUAUUACGCCUUUGCCUCCGGAUUGUCAUAUCAUCCAUGAUCACACGAUACCACCGGGUUACAAGCCGGGAAAGAUUCCACCGACUAUCAUUUGUAAAAACUCGCACUGAGCUUUAUCGUUGAUAGUAAAGUUACUGCUGUUGGC